CUCCCUUUGCCGCGGUCUGUGGUUGCUGUGACAACGAACAUAGCACCACUAAGAAGGCGAAGAGCGCACAGAGUUGUUUACAUUAAACAACUUGUGCAGAACAAAUUGUCUUAUGUCGAAAAGCAAGGCAGCUGGGUCCAAGGGUGCUUACAGUUACCAGAAGAGAAGAGAUGGGGAAGGGAGGAGUUGUGUGCGUUUCAGAUGUAGCCUGACCAACACAAUCCUGGAUGUUCUUCGUCAGAGACCAGGCUGGGUGGAGGUCAAGGAGGAUGGAGAAUGGGACUUCAACUGGUGUGAUGUGGGGUGGCUCAGAGAGAACUUUGACCACACGUACAUGGAGGAGCAUGUUAGAAUUUGUCAUUUCCGAAACCACUAUGAGUUGACACGCAAGAACCUGAUGGUGAAGAACUUAAAGCGCUAUAGAAAAACACUUGAACGUGAAGCUGGCCGCCUGGAAGCAGCUAAAUGUGAUUUCUUUCCGCGUACGUUCGAACUACCUAGUGAGUACCAUCUCUUUGUUGAGGAGUUUAAGAGAAGUCCAGGCAACAUCUGGAUUAUGAAGCCGGUGGCUCGCUCACAGGGGAAGGGAAUUUUUCUUUUUCGGAAACUAAAGGAUAUCAUGGAAUGGAAAAAGGAUGGAAUCCGCUCUGAGGAACAAAAAGAUGAAGCUCAGGUUGAGAGCCAUGUUGCCCAACGUUACAUUGAGAACCCCUAUCUCAUUAAUGGCAGAAAAUUUGACCUCAGAGUCUACGUUCUUGUAACUUCAUAUCUCCCACUCAAGGCUUGGCUGUAUAGAGAUGGUUUUGCAAGAUUCUCCAACACCAGGUUCUCCCUUAGCAGUAUUGAUGAUCAGUAUGUCCAUCUCACUAAUGUGGCAGUACAGAAAACGGCCCCGGACUACGAUCCUGAGAAGGGUUGCAAAUGGCAGAUGCAACAGUUGCGACGUUACUUGACUGCAAAGCAUGGCAGAGAGGCAGUGGAGGCGCUUUUUAAAGACAUUGACAACAUCUUUAUCCGCAGCUUACUGAGUGUGCAGAAGGUCAUCAUUAACGACAAGCACUGUUUUGAGUUGUAUGGAUAUGACAUUCUGCUGGACCAGGAUCUUAAGCCGUGGUUGAUUGAGGUGAAUGCCUCUCCCUCUCUCACUGCCAGCAGUCAAGAGGAUUAUGAGCUGAAGUACAGACUGCUGGAGGACACGUUGCACAUUGUGGACAUGGAAGGCUGUCUCAGUGGCAGAGAAAAGCAGGUUGGUGGAUUUGACCUCAUGUGGAAUGAUGGCCCAGUCUACAGGGAAGACGUGAGCUUGGAGGCUCUGGGAAGCACCUACCAAAUAGCUAACACACAUCUUGGCUGUGUGAAUGAUCGGAAGAAACAGCUGCAACAGCUGUUGAAGCCACUUCCAGGACAGAAGAGUGUAUGAACAAAAACCUAUGCACAGUAAUAAUGUUCUUCCUUAUGUUCCAGACUGCUUCUAGAACUAGUGGAGUUUCCUUGUGUGCUCAUUUUCUAGCCAAAUACUAAUAGCAAAGUGAUCACCUCAAGCAUGACCUCAGAAGCCUAACUAUUUAAGACUAGUUCUAGUUCACACUCUCUCUCACACCUAUGGGCUGUUUAUCUUAGCCAGUUCCUGACUCAGGAUUGAACCGGGGACCCUGGAACUGAAACGCUGUCCUCUGUGCCACAAAAUUGUUAUGGUACGACUGUUUGUGUUGGCAAUUUUGUUUGUGUGCGGUGCACUUUCAAAUGCAAAGUGAAUAAUAUAACUUUUCAAAAAACUUUUCCAAUUUCUUAGUCUCCUAUAUGGUGAGUUGCUCCUGUAAAUCCUGAUGGCUCAAAUUGCUUGGGACUGAAGCAUCUUAACAAGCACUUAUUCAGCCAUGCGCUAAUUGGAGCAUUAUGCCAACUGCGACACAGAUAACCUGCCUCGUAGGCUAAGAAAGAACUAUUGCCUAUUCAGCAAGCUCCCCUGAGUAAACCAGACAACUGAUAUGAUGCCAAGUGCUGCUAGAAAAAGCAAGGCAAGCGCUACUGUGGUGUGACCAAAGGAGGAACAGGAGCCAGCAGAGGGCUAAUUCCGUUAAUGAACUGAAAGGCAUCAUAAAGGCCACCUUGGCCAGGUUAAAACUCAAUCCUCCACUUAAUGCAAUGUAUCGAAUACCUGACCUAAUUUAAGGCAUAUCAGGCCAAGUGGGUUUCUGAGCUAUUCCACAGUGUACCAGAUCAAUAAAGGAGUUAGGUGCAUUUUAGAGUACAAAGGAAUCUGAAGUCUGGUAUAAGAGCAGGCAUAAUGGUUGCAAUGCAGUGGCAGAUGAAACAAUAAAAUUGAAAUCAGUGCUUACAGUAGAGAAACCGGUGGCCUCACAAAUGGUAGAAAGCAUCUUUCCCAUAUUUUGUAGUGUUACAAUGUGGAACUGAAAUAGUUGCUUCUCUAACGUCCUCCUUACCCACUGACUUUUGGUAAACAGCCUCUUCUAGGCAGUGUCACAGUUGUGCCAUAUUCUUUCCAUCUUUUAAUAAUGGAUUAAAUGGUGCUCUGUGGGAUGGCCCAUGUUUAUAGAUAUAUAAUGUUAGAUAUAUUCUAAUAAGCAAUCCCUGAUUGAUACUGUUCCAGAAUAUUGUCAUGGACUUGUUUUGUUAGCUACUUGCUCUUCAUGGUGUUUGUCCAACUAUGUUGCCUAAACAAAUCUAGGGCCUUCCAGGUAUAUUUCUAUUGAGAUCAUGUGAUAAUUCAGUAACUCACAGGUCAACUUCCAAUAAUUAUGUGACUUUCGAUAGCAAUUGGUUGCACUAGAACUAAUUUAGGGGUUUCAUACCAAUGGGGUGAAGACUUAUGCAACCACAGCUGUCACAUUUUGUAUUUGUAAAUAAUUUUAUAGAUAUGUGAACAUAUAGAUUUUUCUACUCACUUCAAUGUUAUGGGUUAUGUGUAGAUUCAUGAUAUAUAAUCGCAGCAGAUUCUGUAUCAAUUCCAGGUUGUAACAUUUAAGGGAAGAAACACUUACGCAAGGCACUGUACAUAUUCUACCAAUUUAAUUUGUCUAAUUCGUUUGUAAAUAGCAUGUUUGUAAUUGUAUUUAUAUUUGAUUGGACACAAAUUUCAAUAUCCCGUAAAAC